AUGGCGUCUAUUACAUUCAGGACUCCAUUGUCCUCUCAGGAACAAGCUCUUUACAACCAAAAAUUCCAUCAAUUGGAUUCUGAAGAUCUUGGGGUGGUCACUGGCGAAGCGGUCAGACCUCUCUUUGCGUCUUCUGGACUUCCAGGGCAAAUACUAUCUCAAGUCUGGGCUAUGGUCGAUAUAGAUAAUAAAGGGUUUUUGAACUUGGAUGAAUUUUCGGCUGCUCUGAGAAUGAUUGCUCAGCUGCAACAGGUUCCCAACCAACCAAUUUCUAGCGUCCUCUAUGAGAAUUUACCAGUACAACUGGCUACCUUCUCUACAGAUUCGAACUCGACUCCUAUGCACACCACUAGCGGAAUUACUAAUGCAAAUGCUACUGAUGUUCCUCCUUUAUCUACCAACGAUAUUGCUAAGUUCUCACAAUUGUUUGAGAGGACAGCAAAGGGUGCUCAAACUGUGGCAGGCGACAAGGCCAAAGACAUUUUCUUAAAGGCAAGAUUGCCAAACCAAACCUUGGGUGAAAUUUGGGCUCUUUGUGAUAGAGAUACUUCAGGGGUGCUUGACAAAUCAGAAUUCAUAAUGGCAAUGUACCUGAUCCAACUUUCUAUGUCUCAUCAUCCAAGUAUGAAUCCAUUCCCAACCGUAUUACCUACUCAGUUAUGGGAUUCUGUUCGAUUGGAAGCUACUAAUGCCAACCAGCAAAAUAGAGCUACCCCCAUAAGUGCCAAUUCUACGGGUGUAUCAUCAUUAACAAGACAAUCCACUAUAUCUCGUCUAUCAUCAGGCGCCUUCAGUAACGCUUCUUCAGACUGGUCUUUGAGUUUUGAAAAGAAACAACAGUUUGAUGCAAUCUUUGACUCCUUAGAUAAACAUCAUGCUGGUUCAUUAAGUUCUGCCUUGUUGGUCCCAUUCUUCUUAUCAUCCAGAUUAAACCAAGAGACACUAGCCACUAUCUGGGAUCUAGCUGACAUUCAUAACAAUGCUGAAUUCACUAAAUUGGAAUUUGCCAUUGCCAUGUUUUUGAUUCAAAAGAAAAAUGCUGGAAUUGAAUUGCCUGAUGUUAUUCCAAAUGAGCUAUUACAAUCUCCUGCACUUGGACUCUACCCACCAAAUCCAUUUCCUCAGCAACAAAGUACACCUCAAAUUGCCGUUCCUUCAAGAGCAAGUAAGCCAUCGUUCCAGGAUAUGCCGCAUCAAAAAUCUGCUCCAAUCAUUAAUACUCAACCAACAGCACCACAAGUUCUUCGCCAAAAUUCAAAUAACGGCUCUUUGAACGAUCUGCUAGCUUUGAACCCUUCAUUUAGCUCUCCUUCUCCAUCAAAAGCACAACCACUGGUCCAAAACAAUACAAACAACAGUUUCUCAUAUGACAAUAACAGUGGCCAGACUGCGCCACAACAACAGCCACAGCAACCUCCACUUUUAUCUCACUCCUCUUCCGGAUUGAAGAAGUUUACUCCAACUUCCAAUUUCGGGCAGAGUAUAAUCAGGGAGGAACCGGAAGAACAAGAACUGCCAAAAGAAACCCAAAGAGCCAUUAGCACUCAACAGCCUCCACCAGUUCCAAAGCAUGCCGCAAGUCCAGUUCAGCGUGCUGCUUCUGUGACUCUUCCACAAGUUCCAAACUUUUCAGGCUUCAGCAUGCCAACAAGCGCUAUCACAGGCGCUGCAGUAGGUACAGCUGCUUUGGGUGCAGCUGCUCUUUCAAGCUCUUCCAAUAAGACUAUCCAGAAUCAUGACUUGUUUGCAGACGGUGAGGCUUCUGCUCAAUUAUCUAGUGCAACCACUGAAAUGGCCAAUCUAUCCAAUCAAGUUAACUCUUUGUCGAAGCAAGCAAGCAUCACCAAUGAAAAGAAAUUAAGAGCCACUCAAGAAUUAAAACGUGUCAAUGAAAUGAAGGAUUCUAUCCAAUCCAAACUAAAUAAUUUACGUUCCAACCAUGAACAGAAUGUCACGCAAACCGAACAGCUUGAAACACAAGUCAGUCAGAUUAAUAAUGAAAACGAAACUCUGAAGCAACAACUAGCCGUUUCAGAAGCCAAUUACCAUGCCGCUGAGUCCAAGUUGAAUGAAUUAACCACCGACUUGCAGGUGUCUCAAACCAAGAACGCGGAAUUGAAAGAGCAAAUUACUAACUUGAAUUCAAUGACUGCAUCUUUACAAUCCCAACUAAAUGAAAAACAACAACAUGUCAAGCAAGAAAGAUCAAUGAUCGAUGUUAACUCUAAACAAUUGGAACUGAACCAAAUUACGGUAGUAAACUUGCAGAAGGAAAUUGAUGGCCUUGGUGAGAAAAUUGGUGUUUACUUAACUAAGCAAAAGGAGCUAAACGAUUAUCAAAAGACUGUCGAAGAGCAGCAUGCUCAACUGCAAAGUAAAUACCAGGAUUUGUCUAAUAAGGACGCUGAUCUAGCAGAUCGUGAAAAACAGUUAGAAGAACGCAACAAACAGAUUGAAGAGCAAGAGAAUCUUUACCAUCAACAUGUUUCCAAAUUGCAAGCAAUGUUUGAUGAUCUUUCUCAAAGAAAGGCAACUUUCGAUAACGCUGACCAAGAGUUGAAGGAGAGAAAUAUUGAAUAUGCCAAUAAUGUAAGGGAGUUAUCUGAAAGACAAAUGAACCUAGCUAUGGGACAACUACCGGACGAUACCAAAGACAUUAUCUCAAAACAUGUUUCUAACAAUGAUACUACAAGUAAAGAAGUGGCCCCAAGAGAAAAUGUACACGAAGACACUGUAUCCGAAUUUGUUGAUACGACGGUUGAGAACUCAAAUUUGAAUGUCAAUCGAGUCAAGGAAGAUGAAGAAAAGACAGAAAGAACCGAAAGCGAUGUAUUUGAUAGAGACGUUCCCACUUUAGGUUCCCAAAGUGAUAAUGAAAAUACUACCACAAAUAAUGGCACCGACUCAGGCACUGAAACAAGAAAUGUUAAUUUGACUGAGACAUUAAGUGACAGAUUCGAUGGUGAUCUGAAUGAAUAUGGUAUUCCAAGAAGUCAGUCAUUAACAUCUUCCAUUGCCAAUAAUGCUCCCCAAUCUGUUAGAGAUGAUGUCGAGUUACCGGAAACACUAGAAGAACGUGAUACUACCAUCAGUAAUGCUGCAAACAGCGACAGAACCGAAAACUUAUCACAUAUUCCCGGCGAAUGGGAAGCUACUCCAGCCACAGCUUCUACAGAUGUUUUGAGCAAUGAAAGUACAGAAGUUAUCGAAAAUGGCAGUACUACUAAGAUGGCAGAUUCUAAUGAAGAUGGUGAAUCUGAGAGUUCUAUUCAAGAAUCACCAAGACUAUCUGCUCAAUCCCUUCCAAAUGGCCAGUCAAAAUCCAAGUCAAUUAAUGAAGAAUUCCCACCAAUUCAGGAAUUACACAUCGAUGAAAGCGAUUCAUCGUCUUCAGAUGAUGAAUUCGAGGAUACUAGAGAAAUUCCUUCUGGUGCAGUGAAGUCCUCUGAAACUCCAUCUAAUCCCCAGGCUUCAUCUGGUUUGUCGGAACAGGGACUACAAAGUCCGCUCCAGGACUAUUCUUUUUCACAUAAUGAGACCAACACUCAGAGAGUGAUUUCACCCUCCAAAGACGAAUUUGAUGACGAAUUUGCAGGGUUGGAGCAAGCAGCGGUAGAAGAAGAUAACGGUGCUGAUUCUGAAUCUGAAUUUGAAAAUGUUGCUAAUACUGGAUCUAUGGAACAAUUUGAAACAAUACACCAUAAAGACUUAGAUGAUGAGUUACAGGCAAAUGCAUUCACAGGGACCUUAACUAGCUCUUCCAAUCCAAGCAUUCCAAAGGAACAGGUUAAACAGCAAUCUACCACUGAUCCUGCUCAAGUAAGCAAUGAUGAAUGGGACGAGAUAUUUGCUGGAUUUGGUAACUCAAAGGCUGAAACAGUCGUCAUACCAGAAUCCACCAUUCCAAAACAUCCAGUCCCAUUAAAGGCCGAUUCUACUAUUGAUUCCGGUAAGCAAACGAAUCCCAUAAUUAACCGAGGUGUUGCUACCACACCAAAGUCCCUAGCCGUUGAAGAACUAAGCGGUAUGGGGUUCACUGAAGAAGAAGCACAUAACGCCUUAGAAAAGUCCAACUGGGAUUUGGAAGCCGCUACGAAUUUCCUGCUUGAUAGCGCUUAG